GCAGCCGCUGGAGGAGCCAAAGAGGGAGGGGAGAGAGGCAAGGCGCGAUGGCGGCCGAGCGGGGCCGGUGGCGGCCGGGGCUGGUCCGGCGAGAGAUGCGGCAGGAGCCGCAGCAGCCGCCGAGGGCGGAGCGGCGCUGCAGGGCGGGCCGGGCUUGGAGCGGCAGGUGCUGCUGCUGAGAGAGCCUCAGAGGCAGCCAGAGGGCCAGGCCGGGCGCCAUGAGCCAGGGCAGCGGAAGCGGCGGCGGAGAGCCUGAGGCCAAGGCCCUCCACACCAAGCGACUCUACCGAGCGGUGGUAGAAGCAGUGCAUAGACUGGAUCUCAUUCUUGGAAACAAGGCAGCUUAUCAAGAAGUAUUUAAACCGGAGAACAUCAGCCUGAGAAACAAGCUACGUGAAUUAUGUGUGAAGCUGAUGUUCUUGCACCCGGUGGAUUAUGGGAGGAAAGCGGAGGAAUUGCUCUGGAGGAAAGUUUACUACGAGGUCAUCCAGCUCAUUAAAACAAAUAAGAAGCACAUUCAUAGUCGCAGUACCCUGGAGUGUGCCUACCGUACUCACCUUAUUGCUGGCAUCGGGUUUUACCAGCACCUUCUCCUCUACAUUCAGUCUCACUAUCAGCUCGAGCUCCAGUGCUGUAUUGACUGGACACAUGUAACAGAUCCCCUGAUAGGCUGCAAGAAACCCGUGUCUGCAUCCGAGAAGGAGAUGGAAUGGGCUCAGAUGGCCUGCCACCGGUGUCUGGUUUAUCUUGGGGAUUUAGCUCGGUAUCAGAAUGAAUUGGCAGGUGUGGACACAGAAUUGCUGGCCGAGAGGUUUUACUAUCAAGCCCUUUCUGUUGCACCACAGAUUGGUAUGCCCUUUAAUCAGCUGGGGACACUGGCUGGGAGUAAAUACUACAACGUGGAAGCUACCUACUGCUACCUGCGCUGUAUCCAGUCUGAAGUGUCCUUCGAAGGUGCUUAUGGGAACCUCAAACGUCUCUAUGACAAGGCCGCCAAAAUGUAUCACCAGCUGAAGAAAUGUGAAACCAGGAAACUGUCACCAAGCAAAAAGAGGUGCAAAGACAUUAAAAGGUUACUGGUGAGCUUCAUGUACCUGCAUAGCCUCCUGCAGCCGAAGAGCAGUUCCGUGGACUCUGAGCUUACAUCUCUCUGCCAGUCAGUCCUGGAGGAUUUCAACCUCUGCCUGUUCUACUUGUCCUCUUCACCCAACCUGAGCUCUGCCAACGACGACGAAGAGGAAUGCGAGAACGGCUACUCCUUCCUGCCAGACCUGCUCAUCUUCCGCAUGGUCGUCGUCUGCCUGAUGAGCGUCCACAGCCUCAAGAGGGCAGGCUCCAAGCAGUAUAGCGCAGCUAUUGCUUUCACGCUGGCUCUCUUUUCACACCUCAUCAACCACGUCAACAUUCGCCUGCAGGCAGAGCUGGAAGAAGGCGAGAACCCAGUCCCAGCUUUCCAGAACGACGGUGCAGAGGAGCCGGAGACCAGAGAGUCAUCCAUCUCCGUCGAGAGAGAAGCUGAGGCCGACCUGGCCAACCACCGGCCCAGCGAGGAGCAGCGGAAGAAGGUGGACGAGAGUGACCUGAGCGAGGGCUUUGACUCCGAUUCCAGCCCCGAUUCCACCAAGGGCAGCGACGGAUCUGAGACAGGCUCAGAGAAGAGCGACGAGGAGGCUGAGGCAGCUUUUGAUAUGGAGACUGACUCAGACAUGAACAGCCAGGAGUCCCGCUCGGACUUGGAGGAUAUAGAGGACGAGCCGGAUGCAGAAGGGGGAGGCCAAGCAAGGAGCAUGAGGAACGGAGACCAGGAAAACUUAAGCUCUGUGGAAGGUGAAGGGAAGCUGGUGGACUCCAAAAGCCCUGGCAUCACCAAGACUGAGCCCUUGGAGCCCGUGGCCAAUGGGCCAAGCUCCCUGGGCACCAGUGACGCCAGCAUAGCCAGCAACCUCCAAGCCAUGUCCACGCAGCUCUUCCAGACCAAGCGUUGCUUCCGACUGGCCCCCACAUUCAGCAACGUCCUCCUCAAGCCCAACUGUGAACCGCCCGCCCAGAAGGAGGCAGCGAACAGCAAGCCUUGUGUCAAUGGGGACGUGGAGAAGCCUGGCAUGGCUGAGCAAGAUGAUGCUUCAGAGUCAGAAGAAAGUGUUGCCAGCAGCAAAUCCUGCCGGAAUGAGCGUUCUCUCCAGGAGAAGCUGGAGAUCAUAACCAAGGAGGGACUGCUGCCGACUGUCAAGGUCUUCCUGGACUGGCUGAGAACAAACACAGACCUUAUCAUUAUGUGUGCACAGAGCUCUCAGAGUUUGUGGAACAGACUGUCUGUCCUUCUGAACCUGCUUCCUUCAGCAAGAGACUUGCAAGACUCGGGGUUGGUCUUCUGCAAUGAGGUGAAGAACAUGUUGCCAGGGUGCGAGCUUCCGGACCUGAGCUCCUGCUUGCUCCUUCCGGAAGACGUGGCCCUCCGUCACCUUCCCGCACUGAAGAAUGCACACAAGAGGUCUAAUUUUGAGCAGGACAGACCUGUGCUCUCAGAAGUGGAGGAGUCAGUGGUUCGUAUCUGCUGCAUCCGGAGCUUCGGGCACUUCAUCACCCACCUGCAAGGCAGCAUCCUGCAGUUCAACUCUGAGGUCGGGAUCUUCAUCAGCAUCGCUCAGUCCGAGCAGGACAAUUUGCUGCAGCAGGCCCAGGCCCAGUUCCGCAUGGCGGCUGAGGAGGCACGACGGAACAGGCUCAUGAGGGACAUGGCUCAGCUUCGCCUGCAGCUGGAGGUGUCGCAGUUGGAAGGGAGUCUCCAGCAGCCCAAAGCGCAGUGUGUCAUGUCCCCCUACCUAGUCCCCGACACCCAGGCGCUCUGCCAGCACCUCGGCACCAUCAGGCAACUGGCCGCCAGUGGAAGGUUUAUCGUCAUCAUCCCACGGACAGUAAUUGAUGGCUUGGACUUCCUGAAGAAAGAGAAUGCAGGAGCGCGCGACAGUAUCCGAUACUUGGAGGCAGAAUUCAAAAAGGGAAACAGGUACAUCCGCUGCCAGAAAGAAGUGGGGAAGAGCUUCGAGAGGCAUAAGCUGAAGAGGCAGGAUUUAGAUGCCUGGAACCUCUAUAAAAUACUGGACAGCUGCAAACAGCUGACAGCGUCACAAGGGGGCAGCGAAGAUGACACCACCGGGAUGGUAACCAUCAUCACAGGCUUGCAGGUGGACAACCCAGGCAAACUUUCAGCACCCAUGCAGUCUGUGAUCCAGGCGGCGGCCAACGCCAGCGUCGAGGUGAAAAACGUUCUGGAGUUCUUCAAGCAGUGGAAGGAAAUGGGCUGAGGACACAGGAGCCGCUGGGUUGGUUGAAGCUUUGUCUCCUCGUCUCGGGACGCGCAGCGUUGGAACGCAAGAAGUCAAAAACAACCGGCGCUCUUUGGACACGAAGCCGCAGCAGCAGCAACAACCCACGAAAACGAGCAAGUCGGGGGGCGUGCGCACGGAACCACAGGCGCGCGUGCGCACCCCGCCAUCACCUCCCCCUCUCACAGAACAGGUGGCGUCCGUGGCGGACUGCGCAGCUGCUUUGAGAAGAGAGACGUAUCUCGGCCGGAUGGAGGAGAGACGGUCUCCUUUCUCCCAGCUGAUGGAGAGACAGGCGAGGUUGGCGAGUGGGAGGGGAUCUAUUCAUCUCCAUGAAGCCUGCUUGAUUUCUCAUCUUUGGAAAUCCGCAGGCUGCUUCUUUGUUUUUUUGUUUUGCCUGCGCUUAAACAAGAGAGAGAGAGAGAAUAUUUCACGAUACUUAACUGUCGCAUCCAUGCUGUGGAAACAGGAGGCUGAAAGAGCCAGUGAUCCUGAGAGAGGGGAG